ACACCAUGUUCAAUUCCCGCGCAUCACUCUCACACAUCUGGAGAAGCUCAAGAGUGAUUUUACCAGGGAGAUACGACUUGCAUCUUUUAUGCGCUCAGAGGAGACGAGGAAGGAAUUGCAAGUCCUCUUGCGGACAGUAUGGGACGAGAUCAUGCUCCCCAUCGUCAUCGUCCUCCAGCGCGAUCUCAGAGUACCGAGCGGCUCUCGAAUCUGGCUGUGUCCAACUGCAACAUUCACUUCCAUUCCUCUCCACGCAGCUCACCCCUUUCGAACGAAGGCAGACGGACGGCGUGGGAGGACGUCUAUAUCUGUUCUUACACGCCGACACUUUCAGCUCUGAUCAGAUCUAGGCAGAUGAUGAAGAAACGU